AUGCAAGCCAUUGGUGCAGUUUUCGUCCUCGAAACCCCAAACCCAUCACAGUACUUGAUGAUGAGUGGUGCACUAUAUACAUAUUCCUGUCGAGGCUGCAUUCCGAUGUUGUCUCGAGAUAGACCACUUUACAUUACUGCGGAUACUAUGCGAGAUCCAAUCGUGGUGAACGCUGGACGUCAUGGUUUCUUCAGACAAAAUUACGACGAACAUGGCUGGAGGAAAAUUGCGAGACAGCUUAUGGAGGAUCAUAGG